GACUCCGUAACUCCGCCCACUCGGCUCCAGUUGCGAAUGAAAAUUCAGCCCAGCCGAGCCGAAAAGAGGAGCGUGUGAGUGGGCGGAGGACAAUCCAAGCAAGAAUCAGAACUAGUUGGACCGUGGGAUGCGCCGCCGUCCACAUUAAUUUGCAGAAAGUAGAAAUUCAUAUUGGAGGCUGUUUUGUGAACAACUAUUACUUCUACAAGAAGUAGCAUAAUUCUUAUCCUAUUACAGACUCAGCCACUGAAUCUACAAUGUCCAGUAUAGAUCCAUAUCAGCAGAUUAUGGUAGAACAUCAGUAUUCACACAAAUUCAUUGUGACGGUUAAGCAAGCUAAAAAUGUCACCAAAGGGUCUUUUGGAGAUAUGCUAGACACUCCUGACCCCUAUGUGGAGCUCUUUAUUCCCACAGCACCAGACAGCAGAAAGAAAACAAAGCAUAUCAACAACAAUGUGAAUCCCGAGUGGAAUGAAACUUUUGAAAUAAUUUUGGAUCCCAACCAAGAAAAUAUUCUGGAGAUUACUCUUAUGGAUGCAAAUUAUGUGAUGGAUGAGACUAUUGGUACAGCAACUUUUCCCAUUUCAUCUUUGAAAAUUGGGGAGAAGAAACAAGUUCCAUUUAUCAUUAAUAGAGUUAUAGAAGUCAUAUUGGAGGUAUCUCUUGAAGUUUGCUCUUCAACAGACCUCCGUUUCAGCAUGGCUUUGUGUGAUGAAGAGAAGCACUUCCGAGAGCAGCGGAAAACUAGAGUAAUGCAUCAUCUGAACAAGUUAUUGGGAGCUGAUUUGGCCUCCAUUCGUGAUGUGCCAGUGAUAGCAAUCUUGGGAUCUGGAGGUGGAUUUCGGGCAACUGUGGGAUUUUCUGGAGUAAUGAAAGCACUGUAUGAAUCUGGAAUUUUAGACUGUGCAACAUAUAUUGGUGGUUUAUCUGGAUCCACAUGGUACAUGUCAACCCUGUAUUCUCAUCCAGACUUCCCAGCGAAAGGGCCAAAGGAGAUAAAUGUUGAGUUGAUGAACAGUAUUAGUCACACCCCACUGAAACUCCUUACACCCCAGAAAGUGAAACGAUACAUUGAAGCACUGUGGAAAAAGAAGAGAGCUGGGCAGCCUGUGACAUUUACAGAUAUCUUCGGAAUGUUGAUAGGAGAAACACUGAUUCAAAACAGAAUGGAUAACACUUUAUCUCAUAUGAGGGAAAAAAUCAACAAAGCGCAGUCAGCUUUGCCACUUUUUACCUGUCUUCAUGUUAAACCUGAUGUGUCAGAACUGAUGUUUGCAGAUUGGGUGGAGUUCAGUCCCUAUGAGAUUGGAAUGGCUAAAUAUGGGACCUUCAUGACUCCCAAUCUGUUUGGCAACAAGUUUUUUAUGGGCACAGUAGUGAAAAACUACAAAGAGAACCCUCUGCAUUUCUUAAUGGGUAUAUGGGGAAGUGCAUUUGCUAUACUGAUCAACAGAGUGCUUGGGUUUUCUAAUAGUCACAAUAAAGGACCCACAAUGGAAGAAGAAUUAGAAAAUAUCAGAUUGCGACAGAUUGUAAGCAAUGAUUCAGAUAGUGAUGAUGAAUCACAGGGGCCGAAAGGCUCAGAAAACCCCCAGGCUGAAAUAUCUCAUGAACAGACCAGCCAGGAAAGCUGGGUUCAGAGGAUGUUUAUGGCGCUGGUGGGUGACAGUGCUCUUUUUACCACCCGAGAAGGCCGUGCUGGGAAAGUCCACAAUUUCAUGUUAGGUUUGAAUCUCAAUACUUGCUACCCAUUAUCCCCUUUCGUUGGUGUCAAUACCCAGGAAUCUGUGGAGGAUGAUGAAAUGGAUACUGCUGUAACAGAUCCUGAUGAAUUUGACAGGAUAUAUGAGCCUCUGGAUGUAAAGAGUAAAAAAAUUCAUGUUGUGGACAGUGGACUUACUUUUAAUUUGCCAUAUCCACUUAUCUUAAGACCACAGCGAGGAGUUGAUCUUAUUAUCUCAUUUGAUUUUUCUGCUCGCCCCAGUGAUUCCAGUCCUCCUUUUAAGGAAAUUUUACUUGCUGAAAAGUGGGCCAAAAUGAACAACCUUCCUUUCCCGAAAAUAGACCCAAAUGUGUUUGAUCGUGAAGGGUUAAAAGAGUGUUAUGUCUUCAAGCCCAAAAAUCCUGCAUCUGAAAUAGAUUGUCCCACGAUUAUUCAUUUUGUUUUGGCCAAUAUAAACUUCAGAAAUUACAAAACACCAGGUGUUCAAAGAGAAACUCAAGAAGAGAAAGACUUUGCUGAUUUUGAUAUUUUUGAUGAUCCCGACACACCUUUCUCCACAUUCAACUUCCAGUAUUCAAAUGAGGCUUUCAGCAGGUUGCAUGAUCUGAUGGAGUUCAAUACCCUGAACAACUUAGAUGUAAUCAAAGAAGCAAUAACAGACAGUAUUGAGUAUAGAAGGCAGAACCCAUCACGCUGUUCUGUAUCACUCAGCAAUGUUGAAGCAAGGAGAUACUUCAACAAAGCUAAAAGCAAUAGCUGUACAGAAGGAUAAAUACCAGCUUUGCUACUUAGAACCAAGACUUGUUGCAUUGAUCUAACAGACUUUAUGCAGAAAAGAAUCACUGGGAAUUAAUCAUUACAAAAUAAAGGAAUACAAUUGCAUCCCUGAUGAUGAUGAAAAUGAGAGCAGGUUUAUUUACAGCUAGAUACCAAAUAACAUGUAUAGUAUACAUUCCAAAAUAAGACAUAAAGGAAGAAGGAGAAAAAAGAACAAAGUAAAAUACUUAAUACAACAGAAUUCAUAAACAUUAUACUAGACAGUAAUGUUAAAUAAAGUAAAAUUAAAAAUGGUUAAUCUGGUUUUUCUUCAGAUCAUAUAAAUCCGUCCCACUUAUUCUUGUAUAUUCUCCUCAUUCCUUUAAAACACUUAUCCCCAGCAAGGCUUUCUCUAAAUAUAUUGAUUUAUUUAACAUGUUGGAAGUUGUAAUCUUAGUUUUAGCUAGAGACUGAGUUGGGGAAUGGUUGUUUUAAAAAUACUCUAAUUUUUGAUGUGAAAAUGCUGUAUUGUAAGUAAAUUGUUUCUUGAAAGCAUAUUCUUCCCAGGCAAUUAUAUAAAAAUAUUUGUAUCACUGUGAAAUGAAUGUUAAAAGUAUAAAUCCAUCUCCAUGCUCCUUUGAUUUAACAAUAUCAAAAACAAACGAGGUGGAUAAUAACAUUGCUUGCUUUUCUUUUUGUUUUGUUGAAUUUUUAUCUAAUUGAACAUAGUAGAACCUUGAUUUACUUUAACUUAGGUAAAGGACAGGAACUUUUUUUAGAAAAAAAUGUUUGUUUUCAAGUAAAGUUAACAUUCUAUACAUUCUACAAAGGGACUUAAACUAUCAAAACAAAUAGUGGCUUCCUUUCCCAGUUAUGGACAUGUUCACAGUUAUUUAUGUUGCCAAUUGACACCGGAAAAUAUAGGAAACCAUUCUGCAUAAAAGUUAUUUUUGCAAACUACUAGUUAUUACGAGCCCAUUUCCCCUUCCAUCACACUGCUAUCUCAUGCAACCAUCUGUUAUUGUUGCAAUCUGUGCAUAAUUCUAAAUCCUAAUGGAGGAUGCUUGUUUUGCGCAUAACCUGUUACAUGAAUCUACACCUUAUGAUAAAGGAAUAUGUAAGGCUGUUAUGGUUUGUUGAAUACCCCCAGUUUGGUAUUGUGUGUGAGCCACACUAUGAAAUCAUUUUUCAAUAUUUAAUUUAUGGAACAUGUGAUAUAUUUCAGAGCCAAACUAGAGCCAAUCCUUUCCAGGUCAUGCUCCCAUCCCUUCUCUUUGUUCCUUGGUAAAUAUACUAAUCUAUUUUAGAUAUGGAGUUGCCUUCUCAAACAAAACAGAAUAUAUUUCCCUUGCUGGUUUGUGCUUACAAUUGUAAAAUCUUGACAAGAUGGGCUAUGCUACUGCUUGGUAGAAAAAUUAAAUUCGGAUGAGCAAUUCAGUCGAGCACGCAGGAAAAAUACAGAGUAAAUGCUAAAAAAAAAAGGACAUUGAGUUGAGUGGGUAUAGAAAUUGAAUAAAUAAAUAAAAUUACUUGUGGGUAUUUCUUGGUGAGGAUGUUUGCCUUCAAAUUAACAUAUGAUUCCUGGUGACUGCCUGGAUAAGUCCUUGCAGUUUUCUUGGGAAGUUUUUUCAGAAGUGCCUGUCCAUUGUCUCCUUCUUAGGGCUGAAAAUGACUGGCAUGAGGUUACUCAAAUGUUGACUUCAUGUUGAAGAUGGGAUUAAAACUCAUGACAUUUUGAUUUCUAGACUGAUCUCUUAACCAUCUCAUAUAGUUUAGAAACCAAACUAUAUCCACUGAACCAGAUAUUUAAUCCAAUAUGUAAUUAUUCCUUUUGUAUGUACUCCUUGCUGGGAAUUGUAAAAAUCUCCUCCAAAUCAGAGUUAAUUUAUGCCUAUUUCUCUUUUGCUCCAGGCACCAAACAGCACCAAUUGAUUGCCCACAAGAAUAUUUACUUCCCUUCUGACUUCCCUAAAAAGUUUUUUUUUUCACAUCCCUACACAAAAGAGAAUUUUAAAUCCUUACAAUGGCCAGACAUUACAAGGGCAAUUGAAGGAUAAUACAUAUAUACCUGUAAUGACAUUUUUUUGCUAUCUAACGUCUAUUGUUUAAGUCCAGGGAACACGAGAAGUUACAGUAAUUGCAUUCCUUUUCCCUGGAAUGUUGUAAAAUGAUCUCAUAUUUGGCCAAUAUUCAUUCGAAAAGUGACGUGAUUAUCUUUGCUAAGUUGAAGCAGUUUGCAAUGGCAACUAUUGCAAAUAUGUAUGAUCAGACCUCUGCUUUUAUCAAAAGUAAUGAUCCUUGGCUGUUAAAAUGCUUUAUUUCAAAGCUUGGGUCCAUCUCAGAACAAAAAUAUUAAUGCCUCUGGAGACUGGAACAAAAGAUCAACUGAAGGGUCAUGCUUAGAGCUUUGUUUUCAAGACAGAUGGAACGAGAUAGCAUUCCUAAUAGAUGUAGUUACUUCCAUGGUUGAUCAUAAUUUCACUUUAUCAGGAGAGUUUAUGAUGACCCAUGUACAGCCGGUUUGCUCUUUAUUUAACUGGUGCCUUUCUCCCUCCUCUCCAAUAGUCUCUGGUUCUAAGAAAGUCUUUAGGAUGUUUUUGCUAGAAAUUUAUUCUAGUUGAUUUUUGUUGAUCUAUGCUAAUUUGUAUUGCAUUUUUUUCUUGCGGGACAGCUAUUUUUGUUAAAUUUGGUUUGCAUAAGUCGUAUAUUAAAGAAAACCCUACAAUCCUUCCAUUUUGAAAGACUGUUUAUUCAAUAGUUGCUGAAUUUUUAAAAUAAUUGUUUAAUUAUUUCAUUUUCCUUUCUAUAAAAAUGUAAGUUGCUUACUUCAUUUAAUAACUAUUCUAUCCUCUAUUGUAUUAGUAAGGGUUUACUAAAAGAUCUAUCAUACUGAUUAAUCUGUUUUAUAAUAAUGUGAAUUAGAUGUUUAAAAUCAUGACAGGAUUUUAUAUAUUUUUUUAAAAAAAACUUUCUGUGAAAACAAAGGAUGUGAUACAAUCUUUUUUUUAAUAUAUAUAUAUAUUAAGUAAAACCAUCAACAUGUUAAAUCAUUCUAUUUUCUUUUGUUUAGGAUGUUUAAUUGUUUCACAGGACUAAAUGAAGAAUUGUCCCUUAAAAACAUUUCAUAUCUUUUUCUUAAAAUACUUGGAAUAUCAUCUGUUUUGUCCCAUGACAUUAUUAUUUAAUGUUUUAAAUAAAUGUUACUGUAUGGUUA